AUGAGAACACUUUUAAAACAACAUUAUUCAGUGCGCAAACACGAAACAUUAAUCAAUACAAUGUUCCCCAAGAUUGUAUCCCUCUGCGCUGUAGUGGCGGUGGCCUCUGCUGGCCUCGUGCCUGCCGCGGUGCACUACUCUUCAGCAGCUGCCGUAUCCUCCCAAAGCAUUGUCCGCCAUGACGAGCCACAAGCCAUUGGUGCUAAGUUCCUCGCCCCUGUUGCUAAGCUGGCGGUCGCUGCUCCAGUCUACCACGCCGCCCCUGCACAUGUCGCUUACCAGUCUGCCCCUGCUACUUACUAUCACGCUGCGCCUGUAGCAAAAGUACUGGCUCAACCUGAAGAAAUUGUAAGUUUA